AUUAUUUACAGUGAGUUGUGCCUGAGGGGAGGAGGCUGCAGGUUCUGUGGAUCAUGUUACAGGACCCAGCCCCCCUGUUCAUGGGACUCAAGUGCCAAGCUGCUGCCAGUGCUCUCAGGGAGACCUUACUGUCGAAGUCUUGAAGGGUCUUUAUUCAGCAAGCACAUCAGACCAUUGUCGUGGAAGUGACAGGAUAUUGCAAGUUCAGCUCCACCUCAGUUUGCAGAAUGUCUUGUUAGAAGUGACUAUUCUUUUAUCAAGGCUGACUGUCAUCCCACAUGAUGGAGAGCAUUGUCAACAGUGUUAAGAAGAAGGCCACUGAGCGGCACCACAAAGCUGAAGUGAUGAUUGCUGGAGAGCAGCUCAGGCUGCGCCUGCAUGAUGCCAAGCUCAUAAAGGAUCGACGUUAUCAUCUUCGCACCUAUCCAAACUGCUUUGUGGCCAGGGAGCUCACCGAUUGGCUGAUUGACCACAAAGAGGCUCCGGAUCGUGAGACAGCAAUGAAGCUUAUGCAGAAACUAAUGUCUCACAAUAUCAUCCAUCAUGUGUGUGAUGAGUAUUCUGAUUUCAAAGAUGCAAAACUCCUGUACAGAUUCCGAAAAGAUGAUGGUACAUUUCCACUCAGCAAAGAAGUCAAAGUGUUUAUGAGAGGGCAAAGCCUCUAUGAGAACCUCAUUGGGUCCGAACAAUCCAUCAUGAAGGUGAGAGAAGAGAAUGGCAUGAAAUAUCAGCGCACAUUCCCCGGGUGCGAAAUGAUUGACUGGCUAAUUCAAAAUGGAGAGGCUGACUCCAGAAAAGAAGCUGUGGAGCUAUGCAGGGCCCUUCUGGAACAUGGAAUCAUUCAGCACGUGCUGCUCAGACACCAUUUCUUCGACAGUAAUCUACUCUACCAGUUUCGUAUCAACUUCCGACGGCGCAGGAGACUAACAGAACUGCUUAGUGAGAAUCUACAACCCAUACAAGAAUGUACUGAUAGCCCCUUCUGUCUUCGCAAGCUGAAUCCUGAGCCGAGCAAUAGCAGUUUCCUUUCAGUGCAUCCCAACAAGGAGAUUAAAGUGGUGUCAGCUUCUCGCCGGAGCAGCGUCACAUCACUGGCUGGAGGGCCUGGGAGUUACUUCAGCAACCCACCCAAUCUUGGCUCACAGCCUGUGGUGGAGUGCAACCCCAAAUCAGUGUUGAAGAGAAAAGUAACAAACGAGGAACUUCUCUCCCCUGGUGCCCCAUACAUUAAGAAAACAAUCACAGUGCCUUCCUCUGAGCUGCUCUGCUGGAGAGGGACAGGACCGGUAGCUUUGAGAUGGAUCUGAAAAACAGAAGUACACCUGCUGAGGAAAGUCUAAUUAUAUUAGCAAGAUUUUAAGACUUUACUGUGUGAUAUAAGAGUUGCACAUUAAGGCAGCUGACUCACUGUUGAUCCCGCAGCUUUCUGAAUAAUGUUUGCAUGAAAGUGUGUUUUCUUUGAAACUAAAAACUGUUUAGAAAGUGUAAGCACAGCGUUUUACUGCCCGUUCUUCACAAUAUACAUUAGAAACAGCACUGGUACCAAAACGCACAUCAUACACUGAAUGCUGUAGCUAAUGUGCCAUAACGUGCUUAUAUUUGAUGUACUAUGGCUGUCAUUUCUCCUCAUAUGAGGAAUUUGAAAACACAGAGAGACUGUUAUCUUUUCUGACCUUUUAAGAAACCUUUCUGUCAUUUUCCGACUUUGAUCACUCUGCUCCUGCUGUCGGGUGACUUCUUUUGUUACUCUCUUAUGCACUGAUAUUUUUGUGGUUUUGAGCAGAAGUAUUUUUGCUUUGCAAUGCUUUUUGUAGUGCUGUGAUAUAUAUGUGUACAACCUGCUCAGGUAUAUGCUUGUGCAUGGUCUCCUUGGGCCAGAAGAAGUCUUGAAGAUUUAACUGUGAGGCUUGUACUUCUAGGUCUUAUUUCAGGUAAACACUGAGCCAGUUAAAGAAUUCGAUCACAAUACACUCUCUUGAGUUUCCAUCCUGGUCACAAGUUAGACUUUGGCUAUCUUUUGGCACAUUCUGUGCCUCCUCUUUAUUGUUUUUUGUCCCUGCUUUGGUAGCAACAUUUAAAUUUCAAUUUAGGUAUUAUUAUACCUACUGUAUCUGUUAUUGAAUCUGUCUAUUGUAGUUCCAGCUUUUGGGGGCAGACAUGGAGCACAAAGCAGAUACCAGCUCUAAAUGCAGCACUAAUGUAUUCAAGGACUCACACACACUCACUCAGAUUGGGCAAGUAAGACAAAACAAUGAAUAUCCAACUCACAUAUUUGGGAUGUAGGAUUAAACCAUGCAUACAAGUGGUAUUAAUAUUCAAAUUUCACAUAGACCGAUCCCAAACUGGGACUCAAACCAAGGCUUUUGGAGAUGGGUGGUUGUUUGGGUUAGGAUGCUAUAAUUAUAUAAUUUAAGCAUAUGUUUGAUUUUCAUGAUAAUAAAGACCUGGAAUGAACGCAUAUGAGAAUAAUAUGAGAAUUACACGUGAUGGCAGCUUGCAAACCUAUGAUAAGCAUGUAGCUUUUGUCUUAAAAAUAAGAAGUGCUAUUUUUAUCUCAGCCCAUAUAAUUCAUUUUUGCUGGGGUGUGGAGAGAUUUCACCUCAUUGCACUACGCCUGCAGAUAUUUUGGAGUGGGCUGGUGGGCAAGGGAUAAGCAGAAAGGAAAACAAUGAAUAUGGUUAUCUGCAAAAUCUCAAUUUCAGGGUCACCCAUUUUUAAAGGUCACUUUAUUUUUAUUUUAUUUUUUUCUUUUCAAAUUCAAAACAGUACUGAUAGGUAUGUGACACCCAAACCAGCUGGACUAGAAGAGUGAGUCAGACUCUCUGAACAUCAUGCUGUGUUGCUGAAAUCUGUUUAUGCAACAAGCCAUUCUUAUGCUUUUAGGUAGCUUGCAUUUGCAGCAUCUCAAGAGAGUCUGGCACCAUUCCCAGUGUUUAUUAGGUAACACACACUGGGAGGCUCUCAGCCUGCGGAACAAUAUUUGUAGGACAAAAUUAACUGAGCAAGCAGAAGAAAAGGGGUUUGUUCUUAAUUUCUGCUUCAUUUCAGCUUUGCAGUUGCACACAUCCGUUUAAAUAUGUUAGCCAUUGCCACGCAAUGGAGUGUGUAUACCUCUCUUGUGUUUUUUAUCAAAUAAUGUACUAGUCGGUUAGUUUUGGCCAUUCUGUUCUCAUUCAGGGUGAAGAAAGUCACUACAACAGCACCAUCUCCUGUUACAGCAGUAAUAUUGAAACUUACAUUAAAUUGAGUAAACUGAUUCAGGAAAUGGAUUGAUGGAUUGUUCAAUCCAUAAACUGUAGAUUCUUUUGUAAUCUAUUAAAUCUGUGUUAUUACACAGUGUGAGAAAUGUAGUAUAUUGUUUCAUGUUCACUUCUUCUUUGAAACAUUGUUUUGUAACAAGAAUUAUUAACUAAGCAAUCAAAAGAAAGAUGCUUCAUUGCCUUUAGUGCAACAUUGCUUACUCACUAAGUUAACACGGCUGUUAUAGUGUUGAAAGCAUAUGGCUAGCAUGUUAAAUAAUUCAACCUGAGACAAGGCAGCUUUUUGUGGUCCCCUUCCCACACCUUCCUCAUCUGCAACCCUUAUAUCCUUACUAGGCAUGAGAUGAUACAUUUAAUCCACAUACAAUGCUGUGUAUGUUUUGUGAUACAAGCUUCAUAAUAUAAUGCUACCACAAUACAGAACAUCUUUAGGGAAAUAAACAAAAUAAUAAAAAUCAUUUUUGAAA